CACUAAUCACGUUACAACCCGGAAGGAUUGCGAUUAACGUUUGAAUAGAGAAGAAUGAGCAAUUUAUCUCGGGAAAACUCAUUAAACGCGAUGCUGCGAACGUCGCCCAGCCUUUGAGAGACACAUACCCGCGUCUUAAUCCCCGGCUCCGGAGGCAGAGGCGGUCGAGUGCGAGCAGCAACGCCCCGAUGCCAUCGACCGACCCCGUCGGAGAAAAACAUCUUGUCUCUGUUUACAACUCGGCCGGGAGACAUUGUUUCCUCCCAGUGUGUCGCUAGCUAGCUAAUCGCGCCGUUGUGUGUGUGUUUUCCAGACGAAGAAAAAAAAAACAUGGCUGAACUGCAUGUUGUGGAGCAGAGCGGCACUGGCACCAUGGAGCAGCCGCCCGAGCACCGCGAUGUCCGGGGCUCCGUGCGCCUGGCGUCGCCCUCCCUCAUGGUGGUUCCUCCUCGGGGCGGCCAGCUCAGUCCCGGCGGGGGGUCGAGCAGCGGCGGCGGAGGCGGCGGCGGCGGACGCACCGUGUUCGGGUUCCCGGCGAAGAGCAACCCGAGCUCCCCGUCCGAACCGGUGGACAAGCCCGGCUCGCGCUGGGUUCGCCUGAACGUCGGCGGGACCUACUUCAUCACGACCAAACAGACGCUGUGUCGGGACCCCAAAUCCUUCCUGUUCAGACUGUGUCAAGAAGACCCGGACCUGGACUCCGACAAAGACGAGACCGGAGCCUACCUGAUCGACAGGGACCCCACGUACUUCGGCCCCAUCCUGAAUUACCUCCGGCACGGAAAACUGAUCAUGGAUAAAAACCUGGCGGAGGACGGUGUUCUCGAGGAAGCCGAGUUCUACAACAUUGCGUCUCUGGUGAGGCUGGUUAAGGAGAGGAUACGGGACAACGAGAACCGGACAUCCCAGGGUCCUGUGAAGCAUGUGUAUCGAGUACUACAGUGCCAAGAGGAGGAACUCACACAGAUGGUCUCAACCAUGUCGGACGGUUGGAAGUUUGAGCAGCUUAUAAGCAUCGGCUCCUCUUAUAACUACGGCAACGAGGACCAGGCCGAGUUUCUAUGUGUGGUUUCCCGGGAACUCAACAACUCCACCAACGGCAUCGUCAUCGAGCCCACCGAGAAGGCCAAGAUCCUUCAGGAGCGAGGCUCGCGGAUGUAAAGAGACGCAGACGCUGAUCUCAAUAACACUUUAUCAACAAAAACAAAACAAAAACAUGAACAUUAUCUCCAGUUUUCAUCACGAUCCAUGAGAUCACCGUCCUCCUUUCUGCCAUCGCCGCCUUCACCAUCGUCCUCAACCCCCCCCCCCUGUCCCUCCUCCUCCUCCUCUGGUGUGCCUUUCCACAGUGGAGGGGGGGGCUCCUCCUCCUCCUCCUCCACUGCUGCAAUGCCACCCUGAUUUGUCUUCUCCUCAAAGGGGUUUCAAAGGGAUUACAAGUGAGUGGUUUUCCUCAUAGCCGUUUAAGUGAUGGUCGGCGUGGCUGCGGUGCUCGUUGUAGCUCGUUGUUAUCGCGAGUGGACGGACGCCGGGCACAGAGCGGCUAUAACUCCUCACUGUCAUCGUUAUCAUCACCACGUAUACAUUUGGCUCCUCAGGACUCUCAGAGGACAUAAAGGAAUGAGCUCAACCCCACUGACUGAGCCGCUAUACCUGAGUCUGUUAAAGAAGCGUCCCUCUCGCUGUCUGCACUCCCAGACUCCUCAGCUGAUGUCUGAGGGCGGGUCGCGGCGCAACACACCGAGCCGGGAGGCGGAGCCUGGUGCAGCGUCUUCAUCCUCUCUCUUCCUCUCUUGAGUCAUUAGAAACACGAGUGACAACCUGACAUCUAACAGGCGUCCUCCUGUCUCGGGACAUCACGACAUCCUGGUCCUCCUGUUUUCUCGUCCCCGGGCUAGAUUUUGGUUUGUCCUCCCCAGGGAGAAGAUUUAGGAUAUUUCUGUGCAAAAAAAGAAAACCAAUGCCUCAAAAUAAGACUACACCUGUGUACAAUUUGUCAAGGCAUGUUAGGUGUGUGUGUAUUUAUAUAUAUAUAUAUAUAUAUAUACAUACAUAUACAUAUAUAUAUGUAGGCUACAUGAUGAAAUUAUAUGAAAUGCUAAUGAUGUAAUUACUGAUUUCUGUAUCAUAGUUGUCUUAUAUUUACAUAUUCUUGGUGGGUGAGUCUAUUUAAAUGAUGGGAGAAAAUCUGGUUUUUCGUGAGCGGUUGUCCUGAAGGUUUCCUGCCCGGUAACACGGACGUGAGUACGUGGACGCAGUGCCUCUCUGCUUUCUGUCCAGGACUGAAAUAUCACAGUGUUUUAUCAGCUGCACGUUUUCUGUAGUGUUCCUCGAACGUUUUCUCUUAGAUAUCCUACUUUAAUCUCUUGCAUAUCUUAAAAUUGUAAUUAGGGAUGCGGAAAACUGUCGUAGCCCUUUGUCCCGCGUGGCGUGGAUUGGACGGCGGCCCGUUUGUAUGCUGCCUCAAACCUCUCAAAGCACCCCUCUCUCCUUGGCCUUGUGCUCUUCUCAAUAAUCACUCACUUUGCAGCUGCCUCGGUUGCCGCUCCUCAACUUAAUGACUCUGUUGUCUUACAUUCUGCGGCGCUUGUAGCAACUGUGUAGCGCCAGCAGAGUUUUACUCCUCACCCUGAAGGCCCUGAGAUACCCGAGCCUGCAUCGUCACUGAGAUUUACAGACUGGAAGCGAACCUGCCACACUGGUUCUGUUUCUUGAGCUUCUGAAGCAAAGCCUUUUUCAGAUGUUAGGUGGCGUUGUUUUUCGUGGCUAAAGUAUAUUUCUCUUGACAUGUACUUACAUUAAGUUGCGGUGUGAUAGUGCUGAUUUAAACCCUUGAAACAGCAUUAGAGCGCCGUGUACAUACAUAUAAACUAGCCUGACGUUAUCCCUCUGAACCGCUGCACAUAGCUCUGAAUUUAUAUAGACACUUAACGUUAUCAUGCUAAAUAUAUAGAAGUGUGUGUGUUCUUAAAUUUAUUUAUAAGUGAUCUGCACUUUUGUGCAAGUAAACAGAAUUGGCUUUUACUUCAAAUGUGCAUUAACAGAACCUGUAGAGCUGCAAGUAACUUGAAGCUGAAGUCAAUUAACUGAUUAGUCGAUUAACAGAAAACGCAUCUGCAGCCACAACUUGCUUUUCUCUGUUUUUAUGUCAUUAUAAAUGUAUCAUCUUUGGGGUUUUGAUCUGAUGAAACAAGCCAUUCGGGCUCCAUGGAGAUGUGACAUUUUUUACUUUUUUAGAUGAAACUAUUAAUCUGUUGAUUGAGAAAGUCAUCCGUUAAAUAAUCUUUAGUUGCUGCCUUAGCAGUCACCAAACUGUAGGGCUGCAAAUUUUCUUUUUUCUUUUCUUUUUUAAUAAUCAAAGAAUCGUUUACUGUAUAAAAUCAAGUUCUUUAUCAUGCACACAUCCGAGAAGCAGUUGCUGGCAAUAAAACUCAGGCUCCCUCCGACAAUGCUCAUCAAAUAUGUAUAAAAAAUGAGAAUCCAAACACAAAAUAGUGUGAGCUAAAAUAUAAGACUUAAAGUAAAAUAGACGCUAUAACAAUAAAACAAAAGGAAAUAAAAGAAGAGGAAGAGGAGGAGCUUGAGACAUGGAAGCCGUCCUCGGCGCCAUCUUACCUCCACUCUCAAAAUGUCAGAAAAUCGUUGCCGGUUAUUUGGCUGCAUUUUCCCGUCGGUCGACUGACCGAUUCAUCGACUAAUUGUUUCACCACUUCACCCAAUAUACUGUUGUUACUGGUGCACACGCAGCCUUGUUAUAUGAGCAACUUACUGCAAGGUUUGAGCCAUUUUUACACAUAUCAUGGAUGGAGAUAUCAGACCGAACUCCCGUUUUAAAUUACCGUCCCUGAAAGCUAAAAGCAGCGUCUCAUCUUUAAUCACUUUGAUACACCCUUCUUUGUAUAAAGAACAUAUUUGAUGCAGUUAUGUUAUAUCAAGCAUGAACAAAUAGUGUGAGAGGGAAAAAAUAAUACCUGUGCUCUUGUCCCUGAUGUUCAGUCGGUAGUCCGAGCUCAAACUUUGAUGUGACCUCUUCUUUGUUGUUGUUUUUUUAGUUUUUCCUCUCGCGUGUGUGUGUUGUGCAGUUUUAUUCUGCUAAUCUGAGUCGUGAGCACACCGUGUGCUGCUAAAAACGCCCAAACGUCUCAUUGAGGAGCACUUUUUUUCUCCCUUGUGUCUCUGGGCUUUUUGCUAAGAACAUUGGGUCUUGUUUCCCCCUCGUCUGUGUCCAGUGUUGUGCCUUUUGACCUGUGUUGUGCACAGUUGUUCUCCCCUCUUUUAUAAUAAGGUGCCUCUCGUACCUUUAAAAAAGCCAGAGGCACCUCCCUGAGGUGUGAUGUGUAAUGCGGUCGUUAGCUCGUUUUCUAUGGUUGGUGUUUCCAUGAGAGGCAAGCCAAACAAACCCAUUGUCCCCUGCAUUAUUUUAUGUUUUAUGAUACCGACAAACUGAAAAUGAUUACCAGCUGCUCUCUUUGCUGCUUCUGACCUAACUCCACCCACAGCCCCUUAUUGCUCCCGGAGGUUCAAGAUUGUGUCCCAAUCUGCUGUAAACACUGCUGGUGGUGUUGCAUGUCUUUCACCAAAGGGAAGCAGGGAGCAAUAGACAGCAGGAAGACCAGUCAGAGCAGAUUUCCCCUCCUCUGCUUUUAUCUUCACUGAACUUCAAUUUGACUAUUAACUCGCCUUCAGUUGGCGUCUUCGUUUUCCUUGAGUUGCAUGCUGAAGCCAUCUCUAAUGAUCCCAUUAUUAGACGUAUGUAAUCAACCCUUUAGAGCACUUACUGUACCUGUCACCUUUGUGGACCCACAUACUGAAUAUCUUCCCAUGGUUGCGUAGCUCAGUGGUUCCCAGACUGAGGGAGUGUCCGGACCGAAGAAUCGAUCUCUUGGUUUAAAAGAUAGAAAAACAACAACAACAGAAACAACUUAUUUCUACUUUCCUCUAAUUAUUGUGUUCUAUUAGCCAUGCUAGCAACGGCGUGCCUCUAUCAUCCAAACUGAAAUAUCUCAGCAGCUAUUGCAAUGAAAUGUUGUGCAGACGAUCACGGCCCCCAGAGGAUGAAUCCUACUGACGUCCAUGGUUCUCUGACUUGUCAUCUAGCGCCACCAUCAGGUCAAAAUUUCAAUGUGUGCAAUAACCAUUUCAACGUGUGCAAUACUUUGGAUUGUGAUAAAAUACCUCCAAAACGGUUAACAUCGCCAUCAGCCUCAGCUGUUCUUUGUGCUUAAGCAAGGUGGUUAGCAAGGUAAACAUUUGCUGCAUUCAUGUGCUCCUCGGAUCGUCCCAUUUCCCGAGUUGGGAAGUCGUUCUUCUGACUUCGGUGUGUUCAUGAGCUUUAAGUCGUAAUGUGAAACAACACAGAAGAUGUGUGGUAUUAAAUUGCUGGGAGAGUUAAAACAACACGCCGAUGGCUGCUUCCAGACGUUUCGUUGUUUGAGCUUCAUCUACAUAAAGCAUGUGUCCCUCUUCUGUUUUUAUAGAUUCAAAUUAUAAGAUGAAACAGUUUGAUACUUUAUGUUUUGUCCCUGACGUGUUGCAGCACCAGUACAAUCCCUAAAACACCUAAAGGGUUUUGGCUUAACCCGACUUGCUAUCAGGUUAAUGUUAAUAAAUCACUUUUCUAACUAAUCUCAGUCACUCACCAUGCAACUAAUGGUUACUAAUGGUCGGAAACUAAUUUUUCCGAUUAUUCCGACACCACAUGAAUGCAGCAAUUAUACCUGCCGAACAUCAGCCUGUUAGCUACUGAACUCAAAGCAACAGCUGCUAGCAGCUGUAGAUUUAUCACCAGAUUUCUGGUUAAUCCCCAGAUAUUUCUUACUUCUAGAUGAAAUGUGUGAAUAAAGGAACUGCACUGGUCACAACCGAUAGACGUGCUUUAAAGGAUCACAAACCAGUUGGGAACCACUGACCUUUGCAGUGUGAUUAUCUGCACAUUUUGAAUCAAACAACCAAUUUUUUUUAAACAAAAGAAGAACUUUUGACCAUUAGUUUUUACUUUCACAGGCUCUAGUUAGUCUACAGAUUAUGUGCAAUCUUAACAAAUCUGCA